UUGAGCUGUGCAGCAAGGGUUUUAUCAGGUCUUUCUUUUGUUAUCUCUUACGUUGAAGAAUUCCCAGUUUCCCAUGGAUUCCAUGAGCAGAUCGACGCCGGUUCCGCCUUGCUAUGACGACGAUGGAACGCAGGAGGAAAGUAGUUGGACUAUGUAUUUUAAUGAUUUCUCGAAUGGCAACGAAUACGAUGAUGUCGCUGAGAUGAAUGGAAACAGAAGCUGUUGUUCUUCCGACAUCAAUCGCCAGACACCACCUCUGGUUUCACUGGAACAUAAUAAAAGCAUAAAGAAGAACAGGUUGAGUUUCAAGAAAAGGAAGACUAAUGGAUCCUCUGCUUGUUUUGUUGAUGAAGAUUUGGAAGACACUGCCUGCUCUCCUAUCAAUAGCCCCAAGAUGUGUGACAUGGAGAAUCAGUUUGGUAAGAUCAUGAAGAUGAAAGAUGCCAUGUACAUAUCAAAGGAGGACAAAGAAAGUGGACCAACAAGGGAGAGAGAUGAAUCGAGUUCCAUCAAUGGGGGAGAAAAUGAAGAAACUCAACUGAAGAAAAGGGGUCUUUGUUUAGUGCCUUUGUCAAUGGUAGUGCAAUAUGUAGGUUGAUUUUCACAUUUUAUCACAUAUCCUAUGUGUAUGUCUUUCUCUACAUCAAUGCAACCAAUAUGGUUGCUUUGCAUUAUCUCACACACACACACACACACACACACACAUAUAUACAUAUAUAUAUAUAUAUAUAUAUAUGCAUAGUAGGUGUCAUCGACACGUAUUUGCAGGAGCACUAA